GCUGCCCAAGUUCACCCCCACUGACAGCCUGGCUGUUGUGUUUGGAAAGUCUGGAGUUCUCACCGUUGUUGGAUGUAACAACUCCCCUUUACAUGGCUUAUCUUGUUAUUUGACUUCGAAUGGACCGUUGGUGGAUUUAACUCGGGAUUUAACAAACUUUUUAAAAUCUUUUUCUUUGGUCUCUCAUUUUAGUUUUUAUCGCGCGCUCCAACCAAGAUGUCCUGUCUGCCGGUCCCAGACCAGCAGUCUCCCUGUCGCUUUGAAUGCUAAAAUAAGCGUUAAAUGACGUAAAAUAAAUGCAUGUAGGCCAAAGAAGUGUAUGUGGGGCCUAUGGUGAAUGAACAUUCGGUUCUGCAGAAGCCAAAUAUGUCGGGAGUGGUCCGCACCCUGACCCGCUGUCUGCUGCCGGCCGAGGCUAGCCCGGACCCGGGCGGCAGUAAGGAGAGGAGUCGGGGCAGAGACGCGGCGCAGGAGCGGGAGGCACGUCGGAGGAGUCGGGAAAUCGACGCCAUGCUAGCCCGGGAGAGGAGAGCCGUAAGGCGGCUGGUAAAGAUCCUCCUGCUCGGGGCCGGAGAAAGUGGGAAGUCGACUUUUCUCAAACAGAUGCGCAUAAUUAACGGACAAGAGUUUGACCAAAAAGCACUUCUGGACUUCCGGGACACUAUUUAUGAAAAUAUAUUGAAGGGCAUGCGUGUGCUGGUGGACGCCCGGGACAAGCUGGGUAUAAGCUGGCAGAGCUGCGAGAACGAGAAGCAAGGAAUGCUGGUGAUGUCGUGGGAGGGCCGCGUGGGUGGCGUGGGGGUGGAGCCCUGUGAGUUCCAGCUGUAUGUGAUGGCACUGAGCGCACUGUGGGCUGACACCGGCAUACAGGAAGCCUACACACGCCGCUCAGAGUUCCAGCUGAGCGAGUCGGUCAAAUACUUCCUGGAUAACUUGGAGCGGAUUGGUCAACAGGUGAGUCAUGCUGACUCGAGCUUAUUGAAAUCUAUCACAUAUUGCCAUAAAAUCAGCAUAUACUGUACUGUAUCAAAAAUCCCUCCAUCACGCCAUCCUUCCUCCUUUCAGAGCUACACCCCGAGCAGGCAGGAUAUUUUGUUCGCAAGGAAGGCGACCAAAGGCAUCGUAGAGCACGAUUUUUUCAUCAAGAAGAUCCCCUUUAAGAUGGUGGACGUGGGAGGACAGAGGUCACAGAGGCAGAAGUGGUUCCAGUGCUUCGACGGCAUCACUUCCAUCCUCUUCAUGGUGUCCUCAUCCGAGUACGACCAGGUCUUGAUGGAGGACCGGCGUACAAACCGCCUGGUGGAGAGCAUGAACAUCUUCGAGACCAUUGUCAACAACAAGCUCUUCCUCAACGUCUCCAUCAUCCUCUUCCUCAACAAAACAGACCUGCUGGUGGAAAAAAUUCGGACCGCUGACAUCCGCAAGAACUUUCCAGAGUUCAGAGGAGACCCGCACAGGCUCGAGGACGUGCAGGCGUUCCUGGUCCAGGCGUUCAGCCGCAAAAGGAGGAAUCGAGGGAAGCCGCUCUUCCACCACUUCACUACCGCGGUGGAUACAGAAAACAUCCGCUUCGUCUUCCAUGCCGUGAAGGACACAAUCCUGCAGGAGAACCUCAAAGACAUCAUGCUGCAGUAGUAAGCUCUGACUGAACAACAACAACAAAAACCUGUGGAAGCCCGACUGGAUUGGUUGUAUUAAUAACACUGACCUGUAGAGUAGUUGGUUCUAAUAGAACCUGUGGAACCGUGACACUACCCAUCUGAUUGCAUCCUUGCAUGUAGCAGCAUUUUAUUUUUUUUAAACAGGCACUAAAAGUGUCUAUAAGACUAACACGGUCACUAAACCAGGUCUGGCAGAUGGAAGAGUGGGAAAAGGGAAGAUAUGCUUCCUUAUAAAUAGACAUAACUGGGAUUUCCAGUCAUAUGCAGUCGUGUUGUGUGAUAAGCUUGCAUAAGUGUACUAUCGGUGAACUUCAGGAGAGGAGGUGGCGAUGUGCCUUAGUCUUGUAUUCAUUGGCACUACCAUCGUACGAGACAGCUGCAGAUAACUAAGGGGCGUUUACAGCAAACCGUACAUUUAAAGACACCAAUCUGGUUUGUGGAAGUUGAAUUCGUACAUUUAAUGGAAGUCUCAGAAGCUCCGAAACACACAGUGUGCCUGAACGCCUCACAAGCACAGGGGCACAGUACUAUGAGGCAGAAAGGAGACAGACACAGAGUUGUGUGUGUUCUAGGAACAAAUAUACCACACACACAUCUGUAUGUAGUUUUCCAACUCUAUAAGAACUACUACUAGCUAACAGCCACUAUGCAUUACUCACUGGGGUUAUGAGCACAUCUACUGGUCACAUUAGGUAUUGCAGUUGAAGAGUUGAACUCAGGGGUGUCCAAACGUUUGAAAAAUCAAAUGAGGCAAGGGCCUCUUUGAUCUUUUAUAACUCGACCUAUGUAGACAUACUACAAAUUUACAUAUAUUUCAUGAAAAAACUGCAAUGCAAUUUUGUGAUGUUAUUUUUCCUAUAUUGCAAGUUUAUUCUUGUAAAAUUGUCACUUUUUUCCCUCAUUUGUUCUUGUAAAAUUACUGUUUUUUUGGUUUUUUUUUUCCAAUUUCUCCUGUUUUUUUAAUGUUUCUUCUGGCCAUUAUUACUUAUUUCCCCCCCCCCCCCCACACACACACACACAUACAUAUAUAUAUAUAUAUAUAUAUUUUUUUUUUUUUUACUUUGUUCUUGUAGUAUAACUUUUUAUUGAACAUAUUUGUCUAGAGAUUACGGCUAUUCUUAGUGUUGUUUCUCAUUUUACUACUUUUAUUUAAAAAAUUGUCUUUUUUCAAUAAUAUUUAAAAUGUAUGUUACUAAAAUGAUUCUAGAUUUGUAUUUGUUCUAGUAAAAGGACCUUGUUGCUUUUUUACUUGUUCAAUGAUAUUUUUAGAACGUGUCACACGCCACAAAUGCCCCCCCCCCCCCAGGCUGCACUUUGGACACCCUUGGUUUAACCUCAUAUGAAGACAUUAUACAGGCUAACUGACUAGCUUACGAACUGCUUGGCCGAGACAAUGUAUGAAAAUAUUUUUUGUCAAACACCCAAGUUUCCACUGUAUCUGAAUGAGUGUUGUCACGUUGCUGUGUGAAAGUGCACACAGUUGUUCUGUGUAAAAAGACACACGGGCAGUAACUGGCCACGCAUGCAUAUGACAUUACGAUCUUCUGAGAUUUUUUUUUAAUAAACCCAAUAGGACAAACAUUACCAUUUUUAGUGAUGUGUUGUAUAAAUCUACCUUUUAAGUCUUCUCCCUCCUCUCCUCUCCUCUCCUCUCCUGCACACCUGACAAAUCUAUUACCACAGCAAAAAUACUGACCAGAAUAUAAGACGGCAUGUUUUCAAUAUGAGAGAAAGAGCAUCUUGUAGUCUAUAGGCAAGUCCUUUAAUGUCAGCAUUUGCCGAGCCGUACUAGAAAUAGAUGAUCAUAGAUAACCACCAUGUAGUCCACUUGGCAUCUUCUGGAUUUUUCUCAUGCAUAGAGCAAGAGCGUAGGUGCUCUACCAAGUCGAGAAAAUUGGAGAACCAACCCAGCGUUUACAAAAAAGUGGCAUACAUUUGUAAAAAUAAAAAGAAGGAAAGCAUUUUUGGUCCGUAUCAUUGAUAGAUUUGAUGUUUUUUUGUUUUUUUUUCCAAGCGUUCCACUCUUCCCCACACUGAGUAAUAAGUCCAAACGGUCUGGUUCAUGAGGCAACCCAAAGAGCACUUCCACAUGCCUGCAUUGUUCUAAUUAUUAUCACCAUAAUGUUGUUUUAAACUGUAAUUUAUGUUUGUUUUGAGUUUUACCCUUUGCCCUUUUGUUCCUGGUCCAUACUUCCUGUAUGUGUAAAAGUGUCUGUCACUGCGUGUGAGCCGCACCAUACAAAGUGUAACACUCCUAACUGUAACUGUACCACUAACACACUUAGCAGCGCACCUUUUUCUGACUAAAUGUCGUCAUGGCACUGGAUGUGUCCUGAGAGACAACAACAGGGACGAUAUCUGGAAUGGGAAAAAUAAAAGGAGACGGGAACAGGAUGGACGAAUGUUUGUUGUUUCCCGGUGCCUUAUUGGCUCUGUGUUGUGUGGCGAAAUACACUGCUGUUUGCUGAGACGAUGGUUUGUUUGUUUUAUUUGUGUGUGUGUGUGUGUGUGUGUGUGUGUGUUUGACCCUCUGCAGGGUGGAGAGUGAAGUCAGAAGAAAGAUCACACAGUUUUGACUUGAAAUGUUCGCUCAAGUGUUACAAACGUGAAAUGAGAAACACCGAGUGUCACCCUCUAUGCCUCGUUGGGUUGAUAGAGUGUUAAGCGUAAACCGGACCAGUAUGCAUCGGAGCAACUCCGGUCACAUUUACAUUUCUCUGAAAUGACUACAGUCUUCUCUUUAAGCCAUUAAAUGCAGCGGU